AUGCCUGAGCUAAUCUCCCCUUAUCAGUCAAGAUUUGUGUCGGGGCGUAGUAUUCAUGAGAACAUAAUCAUUACCCAGGAAAUAAUUCAUAGCAUGAGAAACAAGAAAGGCAAGAAAGGUUACUUUGCGAUUAAGGUUGACUUAUCAAAGGCUUAUGACAAAUUGAGUUGGGAUUUUAUUUGGAGGAUCCUUGAGGAAUUUCACCUUCAAAGGAAAAUGAUUGAUCUUAUUUUGCAUGGAGUCACAAGCGUUAAAACAAAUAUAAAGUGGAAUAGUGCAGUUUCUAAAUACUUUAGACCAGUGGAUGAGGGCAAGUGGAAAACGAUAAAAGCUGGAAAGAAAGGAAGAGCGGCAAAAAAGGAGUAUUUUCAUUAUAUAGUGGAGCAAGUAAGUAAUAAACUUACUGCUUGGAAGGGAAAACAACUUGCCUUUAUGGGCAGGGUCACUCUUGCCAAGAGUGUAAUUGAGACUCUUCUGAUUUAUCCGAUGAUGAUAACGAUUAUCCCUAAAAGUUGUAUUGAUGCAAUCCACAAACUUCAAAGGAGCUUCAUUUGGGUUGAAAUUGGAACUACAUGUAUGAUGAAAAUUGGCUGGGAGAUGCAAACUAACACUCAAGAUCUGUGGUGUGAAGUGUUAUGGGGUAAAAGUUGGCCUCUGCUGGAAACUAACUGUUAUUGGGAUAUUGGAGAUGUCAGUACGAUUAAGGCAUGGGAAGACAAAUGGGUUGACUCGACUAUUCGCAUCAAGGAUCUUAAUAUUAAAAUUCAUAUUCACCUCCAGACGACGAAUGUUGCAGACAUGGGUUUGAAUUAG